CAGUGAAAUUUCCUCCCUACAAUAAAACGGCGGCAAAGAGAAACACCUAAAUAUUUCCCGCCCAAAUCCCAAUAUCGAGAGAUCGAGGUCCAGAUCGAGAUCGGGAGCGAUAGAUGGCGUCGGGAUCUGGUUCGGGUCCAUGGAGCCAAGAGGAGGGAGAAGGAGAUCGAGCGUCGAUCGAGGCGACGACCGACGUCGAGCUCCUGAAGCGAGCGUGGAGGAACGAGAAGGCAGCGCCCGAGAUCCUCAACUUCGAAUCAGAACUCGUCCAGAGAUCUAGAGAGCAGAUCCAGCUACUCGAAGAGACUGUGGAAGAAUUUAUGGAGACAGGUGCUGAUGAUCUUGUUGUGUCGCUUUAUCAAAUGGAUUUAGAUCGAACUCUAUUCCUUUUGAGAUCAUAUCUUCGGGUCCGAUUACAGAAGAUUGAGAAGUACAUGAUUCACAUUUCAAAGACAGAUCUUUGGAAUCGACUCUCUGAACAAGAACAGAGGUUCGCCAAAAGGUGUUCAGAGAUAGUGGAAAAACAUCUUAAACAAUCUGUUCUGGAUAAGUUGCCUUUUGGCUAUGGGUCCAUGCUUAAACAAUCUGUCUCAAGUGAAGAAGAUGAUAUGGUUCCUGAACCCCAGCUUGACACCUUUGUAUUCUGCAAGACCAAAACUGCUGUUGGAGCUUUCCAGUUGGAUGACGCGGGGGACGAAAUUGUUGAUUUGGUUGCUGAUGAUCUGUAUGUCCUUCGCUACAAGUCCAUAAAAGGCCUCGUGGAGGGAGGCAGGAUCGAUUUAGUGUAACAUGUGAAGCUUGGCAAUUUUAUUAACUUGCUUGCCGUAAGAUGUGCACGUGCACGCGGUGAAAGAAUGGAUCAUAGUUACAUGGAAGCGCAGGACUAAGAUAAGGUUUGCUUUAUUUGAUUACCUUCAUGUAAAACUAUGAACUCAAGAUGGCAACUGCUCUUAUAAAGAUGCUAUAAAUAUGUACGCUACUGCUAAUCUUAUAACAGAAGAAUGUUUAGUACAGAGGUUAGAAAGUAAAAGACAUAACUACUAUCAAAUUCCAUUUCUCUGUAUCUUAACGUUCAAGAUUUUGUAAAAUAUCCUAAAGAGAUUUGAGUGCUACAA